AUGGCUCCCAUCCGAGUAGGAAUCGUGGGGCUAUCAAGCAAACCCGGCGCAUGGGCAACUUUGGCACAUCUGCCUCGACUGGCCAACUCUCCAAACUACAAGAUUGUGGCGUUGUGCAACUCGACCUUGGAAUCCACAAAGGCCGCCAUCAAGGCGCACAAUCUCCCCGAAUCCACAAAGGCCUACGACUCUUACGAGCAGAUCGCCGCCGACCCUGAUGUGGACUUGUACGUCGUCUCCACGCGAGCCGACACACAUUACAAUGUCGCCAUGCCGGCUCUGAAAGCAGGACGCAAUGUGUUUGUGGAAUGGCCUCUCGCCGCAACGACGGAGGAGGCAAAGGAGAUGGCCACUCUCGCCCGAGAGAAGAACGUCAAGACCAUUAUUGGCCUUCAAGGUCGCAUGUCACCUAGCGUCAGGAAGGUAAAAGCACUCAUCGACACAGGGGCACUUGGAGAAAUCCACAGCGUCAAUUACCAAGGUGCGAUUCACGUUUGGCAGAACAACGCAGCGAGUGACAGAUAUCACUAUUUCAUGGAUCGCAAAGUCGGUGGGAACCUGUUGACCAUAUAUGGCGGCCAUGUCCUCGACUCAAUCCUGUAUGCCGUGGGAGAGCUGAAACCGGGCAGCUACACGCCCAUGGCUGUCAACCUGAGACCCAAGAUGCAUGUCAUGAGAUAUGACGGGUCUUUGUCGGAAGAACUCUACGACAAGGACACGCCGGACCAGAUUCUUCUUCAGGGCCGCCUGGAUAGACACCCGUCUGCCGUGUUCAGUUUCCACCUGAGAGCCGGAGACCGAUUCAUCGGCAACCCGGGGUCGACGUGGAGAAUAUAUGGCACCAAGGGCGAACUGGCCGUCGAAUUUGCUAGUGCUGGACCACAGAUGGCCAAGGCGACCAGUAUGCGCUUCUCCAAUGCGGAGAAAGGCGUGGUGGAGGACAUUAUCGUGGACGAAGGCGGACAAGAAUGGACAGACUUGCCAACGCAGGGUCAGAACAUUGGUCGGCUGUAUGAAGCGUUUGCAGCAGGAGGACCGUACGGCGACUUUGAUCUCGCGGUGAAGAGGCACGAGCUCAUUGACGAAUUCUGGGCAUCGAUGCAGAUAUGA